AUGUCUUAUUCGCAUCCAUCACUGGUGACCACUGACCAUUUUAGCCGAAUAUUUGAUUUUGUCGGUCAACAUCAAUGGAUUUACAAUUUUCAAUUGACCAAUUUUUUUUCUGAAGAAGUGUGGACUCAAGCACCCGCAGAAUGGCUGUCUUUUCUCACCAACAUGUCUGCUGAUGAGCUAAAAGAAUUGCCCUACAAAGCAUGCUGGGAUGGAUGUCCAGACUCACUGCAACAUUUCCUGGAAACGUGUUUAGACUUGUCCUUGCCUCGAAACCAGACAGACACUCUGGAACCGACCAAACUUGAGCCACGUUUUCUCCAGGGUCUGACUGCUAAAAAGCAACAUGAGGUCACUUACAUGUCCAGUUACAUUCAUCGCCUUGCAACAAAGAACAGCAUCCAACAUGUUGUGGACGUUGGUUGUGGUUUAGGUUACUUGGAUCAUGUGCUGGCACAUGUGUAUGGGUAUCAAAUUCUGGGAAUUGAAUGCAGUGAGGCAUUUGCCCACAAAGCUGAAGUCCGAGGUUCUAACCUUGGUCAACUUUUAAACAAUCAAAAUGCUGGACACCUGUUUACCUGUGCCUUGAAACUGAAGGAAUCUACAGAGAGCUGCCAACAGUUUCAACUGGCCGUUGCCUCCUACUUGACCCCUAGUCUACAGCCACUGAUGAUGAUUGGGCUGCAUUGCUGUGGUGAUCUGACCCCAACAAUGCUCAGAUUUUUUCUGCAACUGGACAGUGUACAAACACUGAUUUGUGCUAGCUGCUGCUACCACAAAAUGGAAUACAAUGAUAGUAAACAGAGAUUUACCAACUUUCCCUUGAGUCAGGCCGCACAGACAGCUUUGGCCUCAGCCAGUGGAGGAAUGUCACAGAAACAUCUAAAUAUUUAUGCCAUGCGUCUAGCAGCACAAGAAACUAGAAGCCGUUGGUUCCUGCAAACUGCUGAAGAACAAAACUUCCACACCAAGAAUGUUGCAUUCCGAGGUCUCCUGCAAAUUCUCUUAGAGAAACACGGUAUCAAACCUGCAAAACAUGGAUGUCGUGUGACGAGGAAAGCAGAUUUUGCAACUGCGGAUUCUUACAUCAAUGCAGUUUUGUCCAAGCUACAAAUCACAUCAGGCAAGUGUUUCUUCCUUUUUUUUUUUGUUCUUAAGAGCUAUACGCAGGUGCAAAAACUCCGAACUGAAUUUCUUUCAUUAUGUGAACAAAACAGAAAAUAUUUUGGCUUUAUUGAACCAAUUACGUCACUGCAAGUUCUUCUCCAGCCAGUUUUAGAGUCCCUUAUUCACCUGGACCGGCUAGCAUUUCUUCAAGAACAAGGCACCAAAGCCGAUCUGAACUCUUAUUCUCUCUCUAUCAAUGAUGUAGAUGCUCACCCUCUCUCUCUAAAUUAUGUAGAUGCUCACCCUCUCUCUAUCAACAAUGUAGAUACUCGCCCUCCCUCUAUCAAUGAUGUAGACACUCGCCCUCCCUCUAUCAAUGAUGUAGACACUCGCCCUCCCUCUAUCAAUGAUGUAGACACUCGCCCUCCCUCUAUCAAUGAUGUAGACACUCGCCCUCCCUCUAUCAAUGAUGUAGACACUCGCCCUCUCUCUAUAAAUAAUGUAGACGCUCACACUCUCUCUAUAAAUGAUGCUCGGCCUCUCUUUAUCAAUGAUGUAGACACUCACCCUCUCUCUAUAAAUGAUGUAGUCGCUCUCUCUCUCUCCAUAAAUGAUGUAGACACUUGCCCUCUCUUUAUCAAUAAUGUAGAUGCUCACCCUCUCUCUAUAAAUGAUGUAGACACUCACUCUCUCUCUAUAAAUGAUGUAGUCACUCACCCUCUCUCUAUAAAUGAUGUAGACGCUCGCACUCUCUCUAUAAAUGAUGUAGACACUCGCACUCUCUAUAAAUGA